UCAAGUGAGAGCCAUCAAUGCGUGUUGUGCGUUCGGUUCGCUCGCUCAGGGGACGCUCGUCCGUUCGUUUCGUGGUUGUUUUUCUGGUGAGCUGCUGCUAGCUGCGCGCAUUCUGCGUUCGAUCGACGCGGUUCGCAAAAGAAAUGGUUUUCUGCCUGGAGUUUCUUUGAAGCAACGGUCUUGGGCGAUUUGUAGUGGAAGUGUGAAUCGAACGAGUGUAAAAAAAACUGCGAAAUUAGUGUGUGAUUCAGACGAUACUGACCAACUGAAGGUAGUACUUAGCGACAAAUGUUAUCACGGUGUAAUGAAGCAUCAUGCCGUACCGUGCUUACCGAAACUGUUGGUAGAGUCCAAAGUGUGUGUUGUGCUUUUGUCCACCAGCAACGUGCCAAACUACUACUGUAGCGGUAAAACGCAAUAUUCCCUAUCGGGGAUUUUGGAUUAUAUCUAAGGCAGUGGAAGAUAAAGGUGUGCGAUUUUGUGCGCCGUACUGCAGCAAAUCUAGAGGCGGCCUAGUUUUAUCACUCAGUGUCAUCUUCACGAUCAAAACAAGUGGAAGGCGAUUGGCGAGUGUGUGUACGUACGUGUCAGUGGCGGUACCGUAUUUGGUUAGUUUGGGCGCCGCUGUUUCUCUACAGCUGAGAGUUUACGCAACGACGUCAUAGCUUUGCAAAGCAGCUGCCGCUGAUAGGUUGCGCGAGGUUGUCAACCUGGCUGGAAGAAAGGAUUCAUCAGCUGCUGUGACUAGUGUGUGGUUUUUUUUUCUUCAAUAGAGCAGUGUUCUAGUCGUAUCAAUAACAGUAUUGUGAUACCAGAUUUCAUGACCAAGGAAAUGCGUUACCAGUAGUUACCAUUUAGUAGACACAGAGGGAUGCACUAGUUGGUGUGUUGUGUUUGAAGUCGAAAACAAAAAUUAUGAAAUAAGUCGUCAUUUGUACAUACGACAGUGCGUCUUUGAGAAAAUUCCAACGUGCGCGUAGUUCUGUGUUUGGUUUGGUGUCAAAGGCGAAGCAAGAAAAAAAGGAAAUAUAAAAUCCCGCUGUGCUAAUACUUCAAAACAAUAUAGUGCCACAGCUCGGUCCCGGGCCGUUUGGUGCAAAGAAAGUGAGUUGCGGGGUUUAGCGCGGGUUGCGUCUAUGUGUUGUGUUUGCGAGUAUCGCGCCACGGAUGAUGUCGUUGGUGGAAGUUUGGAACAGAAACGAAGAAUCUCCAACGAAGAGUGAUCGCAGUAAGCAAACCACCCACCACCACCACUCAUUGCAUCAUAUGCAACUAGACACCAUGCAGGAUAUCAUAUGUGAGGAGGACACAGUGAGAUAUGUGCGUUUGAAAAGUGAAGAAAACGGUAGUGUAGGAAACAACAACAACAACAACAUUAGCAACAACAAUAACAACAACGGCGUCAACAGUUCAUCGUCGAGCAGUAGCAACAACGGCAACAACCUUCCCAUGGAUAAAGACGAAAAGCGUAUGCGUCGCGAAAUCGCGAACAGCAACGAAAGACGCCGGAUGCAGAGCAUCAAUGCGGGAUUUCAGAGCCUGCGGCAAAUGCUACCACACCACGAGGGCGAAAAGUUGAGCAAGGCCGCAAUUCUGCAACAGACAGCCGAAUACAUUUAUUCAUUGGAGCAGGAAAAGACUCGGCUACUCUCGCAAAACUGUCAGCUGAAACGGACAAUUGAUCAACAAGAUCACAAUGGAGCCCCAGAACUUGCGCCGAGUGCGACGCAAGUGGUGGCGGGCAGUACCGCAAACGGUGCCGGUGGUGUGGUCGUCUCUCAACAGCAACAGCUAGUGUCGAAUGCCGGCACCACCGGGCAGCUAGGAACUGUAGUGGCGACCGUUGCCAAAAAGCGUAAAAUCGACGUAACUACGCAACCGGUGUCAGAUUCGUCGGACGAGGGAUUAGGGUCAAUGUCGCCGGAACCGGUGUCGUUACGCGCCGUGAACGUUACCUCCAACGGAAGUAGCUUAUCUAACGCGCACUCAGGCACGACAACGAUCUCGAGCCCGUCGUCCGCCCACGGCAGACAAUGUGCGACGGUCAACUUUUCCGCGAAAGAUGUGCUGGAAUUGAAGCAUCAGCUGGAAGUGGAGCGACGACAGAAGCAGUUGAUUGAGGAACGGUUAAAAGCACUCGAACGUCAGCUCUAUCCCACCAGGAUACAGUACCAGGACACGUCGGAACUGAUUGUGCCGGACCUCAUUAACGAACCGACGGGAGUAUCGCUUGCACCGGAGGAGGUUGCGGUUUCGAUCAUUCACAAACCUGUCAGCAGCGGUACAGCCGUGUCCGGUAAGCUGACGCGUGUUCCCACCGAACUGGAGGGUGCUGGUAUGCUGCUGAUCUCGCAGGACGCCAAGAGUUUGGCCAAGAAUCAGCAUAUCGUUGUGUGUUCGAACGAGCUGAUAGAGGAGGCGCACACCAUGCAGACCGUGCCGGCGGCACCGAAACAGCUAGUUAUCCCGCUGAAGGAUGACAAGCUGUACAUCAAACGUUCUCGAUCUCGAUCGCCCACAGUCGGCGAAGCGACAGUGGUGACGUUGCCACCGAAGAAGAAUCGUUACCCUUCCAUCCUCGAGGCGGCUAUCAAAGCGGAACCGAAGGUGGAGGUCGAGCGCAUCGAUUCACCCUCCUCGAUAGUGGUCAAUGAUGAUCAGAUGAUGGUGUCGACGGCAGGCUCGCAUCUGGUCGGCACGGGCACCAGUUUAAGUGCUGUCCAGCAGCCUCGACUUAACUGUAACUACCGUCACAACCUCGAAACGAUCGUCGAAGCAAUCCGUCACCUCGAAGGUGAUGCAUUUGAUGCAGUUGUACCGACCCAGCAACAGCAGCAGCAGCAGCAGCAGCAGCAGCAGUCAUUACACCAACCAGUGCAGCAACCUCAGCCCGCUCAACCUCCCACAGCAACAGCCCAAUCGACUAUACAACAGAGACCUAUGCAGGAAGUUCCACUGGCGCUGACAACGGCGGGUAAACAGCAGACGACCUCGUUAAUGCAGGCGAAAACCGACCGCGAUCACCGCCAAAUUCAGCUAGAACCGUACCUGACGUUCCGGACAGGACCGAAUGCGAGCGCAAGCACUGUCCUGCCGACGGUGGCGGCGGCUAGUGCCUCUAACCUAGCAGCUACUGCCUCGAGUGUCGUGACGGUAACGCCACAGGUGGGCUCGAUCAUUUCCGUGUCGCUUGCUCCAACCGGUAGCAAUUCACUGUCGGCCGGUACCAGCUGUCAUUCACCUGCAGCAGCAACAGCAGCAGCAUCACCCUCGACAGCGACGACUACGAUCGUGGCCAACAGUUCCGUGGUGCCGCCAGCGCAGCACCCGAACACGCUCACGACGGCAGCGCAGCUCUUACAGCAGCAGCAACAGUGCAGGCCUGGCGUAAUAGUGGUGAAGCAGAACUCAUGAUCCGUUACUGCUGCGUCAGCGAUCGUUGGAAGCUGUAGCAAUAACAGUGGUAGCCAUAGCAGCUCAACCGUUGCCCCGUCCUCAUCUAGUACCAUCGCAUUGUUUUCGACCACGGCCGGCCACAAGGGAAGUAACAGUAUCAAGAGCAAACCUACUACUACUCCGCUGCUGGUUAGCGUUAGCAGUAACAAUCUUAGCAAGCUGCGGUACGGUGCCGCCAAAGCAACAGUAUCAGCUCCCGGCAGUAGCGCCAGUGGUUCCGCGUCGAACGUUGUCAUUACGUACCAGAAAACGAUGGAUGGUGCUUGAACGAUUCUCUCCUAGUGACACAACAUCCCUUGAUUUUAUAUCGUUUGUUAAUUAUUUUAUUAGAUGUUAUUUUCUUUUCGCAUUGCAUUCUUCUUCUUUUUUUUUCCUUUCGCUCCAUAACAUAUUUUGCUCGUCCAUUAGCAGCCACGUGCCGUAAUGUUUUAACCUACCUACACAUUAGCCAACCAAACCUACCCAAUCUACUUACCCACCAUAUUGUGUAGGGUUUAGCGACAACAAACAAAGCUGUAUUAUCAUUAGGUGUUAAUUGGUUGAAACGAAACAAAAAAGGGAAAAACAGAACACAAUGACACACUCUCGGUUUGCUUUGCGAUGCAUACUAGUGGCGGUUUGGGCAGCAUCUUAUUCUAUACAACUCUGCUAGGCUAAGACAUCCUCAAAGCAAGAGACCUAAGGCAAGAGAAUUUUUUCUUGCUUAUUUACUUCUAAGCAUAUACACGGAACAAUGAGCGCGUAUCGUAAGAUUUGAUUUAAGUUUACUUUAAGGCGAUUAAGGAACCGCAGUUAGGGCUUUCUGCGCGAUUGAAGCAGCGUAACCGUGGUAUGCGCGUGGGUAGGAUUUGAGGGCAAUAGUAGUAGCAUCUUCAUGGAACGAUAUCAAAAGUAACGAGUAGGCAAACAGCAGCAACAACAACAGCAAGCGACGAGAGCAAACGCAAUACGUUGUGUACAGCAACCUAAUAGUAAUAGUAGAGUAGAAGUAUGAACAAGUUCGAUUUUUGAUUCGGACCGCCGAGACUAAACUGGGUAGGUGGACACGGUUCGAUACGACAAACCUUGAAGCAACAUUUGCAUUAUCACGAAAGGAGCAAUGAAGAAGGCAAAAAGCAACCAACCAACAAAACACAACUUUUGCACUAAAUACCUGCCGAUAGCAGCGGUACGAUAUUGGCGCACAGGGAGUUUGCAUUCAAUAUGCAACAAUGGUGUGAAAUAAUGCUGAUCGUGUCGCGCGUCGCGUGUGUAUGAUUGUCGGGAGAAUAGAAUAAUAAUUAGAUACGGGGGGGUAGCUCGAUAGGGUUUCAUCUGCAUUUGUUUGUGUUUAAGCAUCAUAUAAUAACUGUACCGGGAAUAAUAUAACUUUCAUUAGUCUUUACUAAACUCCGCGCUCCCCGUAACAUGGAUGUAAGAAGGACACACAUUUAAAAAGCAGUGAAGGCAGUGUUUGCUAAUAAUUGCGCCAUGACGCUAUGAAUAGUGGUUUUAUGGCGUUGGUAAUACUGUAAUUAUUGGUGAUAUACAUAUAUAUAUAUGAUGAAGAAUGAAGAAACACGAUUAACACGGAGAGUGAAACAAUAAAUAAUUUACUGGCGGUGAUCUGUAGGCAUGUGUGUGUGUGUGCGUGUGGAUUGUAUUGCAGUAGUGUUUCGAAUAAUACGUAAAAAGGCGUAGGAAGAAGGCGGGUGAAUGCGAUGCAACAGCAAAAAGUGGCAUAAGAAAAGAAAGCAAACGAAAGGAAGCUUUCGUUGUUCAAUAACAUUGCAGCGGUUUUAGGUAAAGAUUCUGUAGUCUUGUGUUUUUGCUUUGUUCAGGUCCCGAUAGUAAUUUAUCUCCAUAAAUAGGUGCAGUUAGCUUGAUUUCAUGUUUUAGAAUAAUUGCUGUGGGGUUUUUAUUUGCUAAAUUAGAGAAUUGUAAGCAAUGCAACACAGAUCGAAAUUUGCUUCAUACUUCCAUUCGAAUGCAUAACACAGUCACUGCUAGUGACUUUAAUUCGUUUCUUGUUUGUUUUACACAGGGAUACGCACGGAUUGACAUGGUUUGAACUCCCAAAGAACAUUGACGCGCAGGGUGACGAGGUUUUAGAGGUGCAAGAGGUGCAUUUGAAGCAUCUUGCUUUUCUUAUAUGAUCGUAUGAUAUCAUAUGCUACUUGGAUAAUUCCAAUGUGUGGCGUCCAGCGUUUGCAGCUUCAUGCUCGACUCGAGUACCGCGGAAGCGAACCACAGAACAUGGAAUCUGUCGAAUAAAAUUCGUACAUGUUGCAGUUUCGAAUGAGAGUUCAUUUGGGCGGGAAACCUUGAUGGUUAACCUCAACAACAAAAUAUAGGCAGAAGGUUUAAUUUUGAAUGGCAUGCAAAUAAUAGUUCAGCAAACGGAUGGAAAUUAAAGUUUCUUUUAGCUAAUUUUUCGUUCUAGACAAAUGUGAAAGAGUGAAGCGAAACCUCUCAAAACGCAUCAAUCGUAAGGUGGCGCAAGCGGUAGCCUUCUAAAUCAAUUGCGUUAGCAAAAUUUUGCAGCGAGUUUCCGAUGAUCCUCCGAUGAGGGAAAACGUGUGCGUUUUAGUUUGAAAGAGUUGUAGCUUUUUUUCUUCUUCUUUCCCUUAUUCCAUUUAAACAUGUGUCCAGUCUUGUGAGCUUAUUAAUGAUAGGAACAGAUUAUUUGGAUUUGCUUUUGGUUCGAUUGUGUUUUUGAUUUCUCUGUUGCAACACAUUUCACUGGUUAACCGGCAGAGUGUGCAAAUGUGUGUUCCAACUUGGAAAGCUAUAGGUUCUGUGUACUAUGUAGGCUUAAGACUGAUUACAAUUAAACCAGGAAACAUUUAGAAUAGAAAAAGGAAUGAAUGGGCAAACGUAACUACAGAGCGGCGGUCCGUGAGUUGAUAGAGGAAGCGUGAAAACAUUUAUUGCGUUGAUUCCAUCAAGCAGGAGCAGCCACCUUGUGCGUGGAAUGGUGUGUGGUUCAUUUCUCGAUUCAGAACAAUCCUUUAACAAUUAAGCAAUACCCACAUCAGUGACGAACCUGCAACCAGCUGGAAGCUGAAGAUACUGUAACACUGUGAAGCUACGACAUUUAAAAAGGCAGGCAAAGGUUUGAUUUACUUGUUAUUUUCCUCGCGUGAAUAGUGCAUUUUUAAACGGUAAGAAGAACGAGAAUAAUUUCAUCCAACUGAUCCUCGCUGCUCACAGUUUAGCGACAGUUUACGCACCACAAGACGAACCCGAAUCAGCCCAGUGUGGAUCACCGGGACGCAGAACUUGCAGAACGAAGCAGUAUAGUAUGGUUUUAACAAAAAAAAGGCUAGAAUACACACUUGUCUUGCUGAUCGAAAUUUUUUAUUUUCGUUUUAUACAAUCUGUAUCAUAAUUAUAAACUCACAAGACGCGGUAACGACGAAGCAAGCAAACGCAAUGUGCAACUAAAAAUUGUAGCUAGUAAGUGGUAUCUAAUGAAUGGGAAUAUGAAAAUGCAACAUAAUACAAUGGAAAGCGGGAGGAAAUAUAUGACCAAAACCCAAAACAAGGAAAUGAUGCACCUGGGGGGAAGGAAGCAUAAGGACAAUUGCCGGCUCGCUCCCGUUUGCAGCUAUAUUCCUUGGGGAAGAAAGGGAGUAUGGGGCAACAUAGAACGCGGCAAUCGAUCGGGCUAAAUAUGAUUUAGAAUGCGUCGAAAAUGGUAGUCAUAGAAAGGGAACCAUGCAAGCAAGCAAGCAGAGGUCAGGUACAAGGGGGGCAGGUACAGGCGUAGCAAAAAUAGGAAAAGGAGUUUGCUUUUAGCUGAACGAUGCUGGGUGAUAGAGUAAGUAAGACGAGCAGGGAAGCGAAGCAGAGACAACAUUUAAAUAUAUAUACAAAGCUAAAUCAUACACGCAUGCACAGACACAGAUUCACAGGAUACAUACACGAACAUGCGAAGGAGCAAAAGGAGCAACGUACAGAUACACACAUAUAUGCAAACAAAUAACGGAAAGUGAAAUUAUAACUGCCCAUGAAAUGCCUGAAUUCUUAUCCUCCAGAACCAGUUUUAUCGAGGCACGUAUGCAGUAUGCAGCAGCGAAGCGGUGCAGCAGAUGCCUGACACCAUAUGUGCUGUGUCAGCGGUAAUUUUGAAUGCGAUAAGCGGGUGGUGAGAUAAAGUAACAACAAAACACAUAAACUGCAGUGGCAUAAUCGAUGCGUAAUAAGUAUAGGCAAAUUGCAAAUUGUAACGCUUACAUCAACCGAGGACACUUUGGCAGAAAAAAGGUGCAACAUUCAGGUGAAAUACUCAAGGAAGGUAAAGGCAGAUCAGACAGCGCAAUUGUAUGAAUAUGUCAAACUGAAACGAAUUUCCAUCGAACCACGUUCAAAAACGAGAGACACGGUUCGUUCAAAAUUCUACCGUAAACCAACUUCCUGAAACACGUUCCUUUCUUUCCACCACACCAACAAAACACUCACCCACUCUGUCUGUACUGGCCUGCUGUAUGAAACUGCGGCUACCGCAUUUCUCCAACAAUUCCAACUCCACGAGAAGAUGGCUGCGCACUGGCAGUGGAUGGCAAUGAUAAAAUUUUUAAAACGAAAAGAACAUCCUUCGGGGGCUUUUCUUUUACGUUUCAGAGAUCACUUUAAGCAUUUCUGCUUUAUUUGAGCAUCCACAAUGCAGUUGAAGACCGUUGCUUAAGUCACAACGCAAACGUUUAUCGCGCGAUCCUCGUACGAUCAUUCUCGUUCCGAAUAUGGGUUAGUUAUUUCGGAAAAGUUUAGCCCUCUUGUUUAUAGUGAAAAUUACCUCUCUUAAUAAUGGUUUGUGUGCCCCCAACCCUAGUGAAAACUUUUCCCCUGCCUCUCUCUCUCCAACCUACCCUACAUACCCCCCUCACGCAACGUCCUCGAAGAUCGGAUUAUGCCGCCGCGUAAAGAAGGAAAGCCAGAAAAUUAAGACAAGCAAAGCAAAGCAAUUUAUAUAAGUAUAUACAUGUAUGAGACUCCCCCCCCCCCCAACCCCCACCAAUUACCCUCUCCCAAAAUACAUUUAAAAAAAUACAUACUACAUUUGUGUACAUAGUUCUGGGUAAGAUUAUACGUAAAUAUGUUUCCAUAUUUAUCUAUAUUCUUAUGUAUGUGUAUGCACACGAAAAUGCCCUAGAAUAUUGUUUUAGGCCAAUCCAUACGUCAAACCCAUUCGCUUAGCCGAUGCCGAUUCGAUCGGGCGUGAAAAGGAUGGGAGGUAAUUUCUGUGAAAUUAUUACGUUUUCUUAUAUUAGACAUCGUUUGUUGUGUGUGUGUGUGUGGGCAUUAAAAAAAAGCCGCCAAGAAAAACGGUGCUAAAACUUUGUGCAGUCACCACCGUAAUAGCAAAAUUUAUCCUAAAAUUGACCUGUUUGUUUGGUUGAAAUAGUAAAUACACAACACAGUACGCCUGUCGCGCCACGACAGGUAUGGCUCGAAAGGACAUUGUCGUAUUUAUAAUUGUUUGGUGGUUAUAAGGAAAAUAAUUUCCUUCACCCUUUUCCUCCACAACCCCCCCCCCCCACACCCCCUUUUUGGCUUGUCACUAUGUAAGACUGGAAAGAUAAAUUUUAGUUUGACAUACACGAACCACAAUGGAGCACGGAGCCGGGUUUAAAAUAAAUUGUAAGCCAUUCGGAAGGAAGGAAGAAAGGUAGGAAGGACUGGAUACAGUCCGAUACGUGCUACAUGCUGCGAGAACUGUAGUUGUAACCCGCAAAUAAAUUGAACCAGCUACUCAUUAAUACUAAUCCAUCAGGAAACCAGUGCGAGCGAGCUACCAAAUGCAAUCGUUGAUAAAAAGAUUAUACAAAGUGAUAUGAAGAAUCUGGGUAUGGGUUUGUGUGGAGGCCGCCAAGCGCACCGUAAGGAAAGGGAAGACGAAAUGAUCAUUCUAUACGUUUACUACUUCUAACUGUUUGAACAUUCUUCUUCCGUAUAACAAAUUCUUGCGCGCUGUUUAAGCCAAAAAUUCAAAACAAACAACAGCAAAAAAAGAUUACAAAAUAACUAAACAGUCUCAAGACGCAUAAGCAAAACACUACUAAAAGACGGAAAACCGGCAAUCGGACACUGUUAGCGUGCGGAAGGAAAGGAUUCACAGUGCAGAACGAAUCACGGCCGGUGAGAAGAGAAUUAGAACGAUCCAAUGUGUCCUUUUUUUUUCUUUACGUAAACUGGUUGUUAUCAUCUUUCGUGGGUUCUAGUUUUCCCUGCUAUUGUUUUUGUUUUCAAUCGCUCGUCGAUUUUCAAUUCAGUUUUUCUUUAAUUGCAUUAUAAAAAAGCACACACACCCCACAUGCACAGAUACGCACCGUUUUGCCGUAAGCUUUUUCUUUAAUUUGUAACGAAUGCUAGACGUUUAGAAUUUUUGUAUAUUUGUAAAGAAAGCAAAAAAUUGUUCCUUUUUUAAAUCUACGAAUAAAGAUUUAAAAUUUAUGUAAGCGUAAAAAGCGAAAGAUUGACAGGCAUAACAUGGAUAAAGGAAUGCAAGUGAGAACCACCUGCACAAGGAAAGUUGUGUGGAGGAGCAGCAGCGCGAGAUAGUGGCGAAAUAGCCUAACACAAGAAGCAAAAUCAACAAUUUGAACUACGUAAUAAAACGCAACCAAUACGGCAUAAUAAUGAAAAUUGAAAACAUAGACCUCAGUCUCAGAGCUAUUAGUUAUUUAAAAAUGUGCCGGUUUUAUUUUCAGCCGUGGAAGAGAGUGAGUGAGCCAGGAUAAUAGAACCGCGAACCGCGCGAACAAGCCACGACGGGGGAAUCCAAAUAUUUGUAAGGCAAGCGACAGCGUGUUGUUUGCUCCAUGUUUGCCCCCUCAUGCCCCCGUGCCCACAGUUUUCAGUUCAGUUUUAAUGCAUCGAAUGUGGAACGUUUAGUUGGUUUGAGUUUCCGGUGAGGAAACGUUUUCCUUGUAAUGUUAGUAAGAAUAAGUUUUUUUACAAACCAUUUUUUCCCCUUCAACUGACUGUAAUAACAUUAUUUUGGAAUGUUUCUUCACACUUCUUUGAUGAAAAAGAGAAAUAUAUAAGCUUAAGGGUAUGUUUAAAAUGUA